GAGGGAGAGACAGAGAGAGAGAAAGAGAUAAAGAGAGAGCGAUAGAGGGAGAGACAGAGAGAGAGAAAGAGAGACAGAGAAACAGAGAGAGAGGGAGAGCCUAAGCCUCUAAGUGUAAUGUAUUGUUUUCUGUGAAAGGGCAGGCUGCACCCUUUUCCCCCUCCUGAACUCUGAACCACUCGUUGUGUCAGAACUUUUAGGAGGAGUCAUUGACUUGGGUCACAGGAAAGACAGAGGAGAGGAGGAGAAGAAAAGGAGAGCGACGGUAGAGAAGUAGAGCAGUGAGAAGGACCUCCGGGUCAUUUCACAGAGACAGAAGGGGAAAUAGGUCAACUCUAUUACUUUUCCUGGAAGUGAACUCAAAAAAACGUAUUUUUGUAUGAUUAGAAACUAAAGUGUUGUAGCUGAAGAGUUUCAGAGAAAAGAGUAGAGCACUUGGUGAGUGGACAGGCGUGUGUAAGAGAGAGUGUGUGUGUCGGCCGUUUAGCUCCGAUAUGGCCAUGGUGAGCGGGGGAUGGGGCAAUCCUAACCGGGAGACCAACGGACUGGGUGGGGAGAAGGCUUACCUGCGUGGGGAUGAGGAGGGCUCGCCCCAGGCCGGGAGUGAUGUGGAGGUGGGAGACGAAGACAAGGUGUGCGUGGUGGACUGCGUGGUGUGUGGGGACAAGUCCAGUGGUAAACACUACGGCGUAUUCACCUGCGAGGGCUGUAAGAGCUUCUUCAAGAGGAGCAUCAGAAGGAACCUCAACUACUCCUGCAGGUCGAAUCGAGAAUGCCAGAUAGACCAGCAUCACCGCAACCAGUGCCAAUACUGCCGGCUGAAGAAAUGCUUCCGUGUUGGCAUGCGCAAAGAAGCAGUCCAGCGUGGACGCAUCCCUCCAUCCCACUCAGGCAUCAGUCCCACUUCUUUGGUCGGCGGAGGUGGUGGUACCGGGGCCGGGCCAGUAGGCGGUGAAUUCUUCAACGGCCAGCCUGUGUCUGAGCUCAUCUCCCAGCUGCUCCGUGCCGAACCGUACCCCAGCAGCCGCUACGGUCCCCAGUACGGCCAGCAGCAGCAGAUGCAAGGUGCUGGAGGAGGCUCCGUCAUGGGCAUUGACAACAUCUGUGAGCUGGCGGCACGCCUCCUCUUCAGCACCAUUGAGUGGGCCAGGAGCAUCCCCUACUUCCCUGAGCUACCCGUCUCUGAGCAGGUGGCUCUGCUGAGACUGAGCUGGAGCGAGCUGUUCGUCCUGAACGCAGCCCAGUCCGCCCUGCCGCUGCACAUGGCCCCACUGCUGGCUGCCGCCGGCUUCCACUCCUCACCCAUGUCAGCAGAGAGGGUUGUGUCCUUCAUGGACCAGGUGAGGGUGUUCCAGGACCAGGUGGAUAAGCUGACCCGGCUUCAGGUGGACUCGGCAGAGUACAGCUGCCUCAAGGCCAUCGCCCUCUUGUCUCCAGAUGCGUGUGGUCUGACAGACCCCGUCCACGUAGAGUCUCUACAGGAGAAGGCCCAGGUGGCUCUGAUGGAGUACGAGAGGAUGCAGUACCCGGGUCAGCCCCAGCGCUUCGGCCGUCUGCUCCUCCGCCUGCCUGCCCUCAGGGCCGUGCCCGCCAACCUCAUCUCCCAGCUGUUCUUUAUGCGCCUGGUGGGCAAGACGCCCAUCGAGACCCUCAUCAGGGACAUGCAACUCUCUGGGAGCUCCAUUAGCUGGCCCUACGUCCCUGGGCAGUGAGGACAGGAGCCUGGGACCCACAGGACCCUGGAGGAACCUGGAACCUAGAACCUAGAAUGGGAUGGAGAGGGAUUAGCCACUGAUGUCAUAAAUGUCUAAAUUCUUGAGGAUUUAGUAGAGGAGGACUAUUUUGCUACUCACUCACACAGAGUCACACACUGAGCUUCCAGUGAAUGGAGCUGGAAUCAAACCAUUGGUAGUUUAGCUGUCCUGUGUAUUCCAAGGAAAUUAUACAUUUGUUUUGGAGUAUAUUUCCUGAUCUGUAUCAUGACCUCUCUUUUUGACCUGUCUGAAACACAGAACAGGGCUCUGGAACACAGAACAGGGCUCUGGAACACAGAACAGGGCUCUGGAAAACAGAACAGGGCUCUGAAACACAGAACAAGACGCUGGAACACAGAACAGGACUCUGGAACACAGAACAGGGCUCUGGAACACAGAACAGGGCUCUGGAACACAGAACAGGGCUCUGGAAAACAGAACAGGGCUCUGAAACACAGAACAAGACGCUGGAACACAGAACAGGACUCUGGAACACAGAACAGGACUCUGAAACACAGAACAGGACUCUGGAACACAGAACAGGACUCUGGAACACAGAACAGGACUCUGGAACACAGAACAGGACUCUGAAACACAGAACAGGGCUCUGGAACACAGAACAGGACUCUGGAACACAGAACAGGACUCUGGAACACAGAACAGGACUCUGGGACACAGAACAGGGCUCUGGGACACAGAACAGUGCUCUGAAACACAGAACAAGGCUCUGGAACACAGAACAGGGUUCUAGAAUACAGAACAGGGCUCUGAAACACAGAACAGGGCUCUGAAACACAGAACAGGGCUCCGGAACACAGAACAGGGCUCCGGAACACAGAACAGGGCUCCUGAACACAGAACAGGGCUCCUGAACACAGAACAGGGCUCCAGAAUACAGAACAGGGCUCCGGAAUACAGAACAGGGCUCCGGAAUACAAAACAGGGCUCUGGAACACAGAACAGGGCUCCGGAAUACAGAACAGGGCUCCGGAACACAGAACAGGGCUCUGGAAUACGGAACAGGGCUCUGGAAUACAGAACAGGGCUCCGGAAUACAAAACAGGGCUCUGGAACACAGAACAGGGCUCCGGAAUACAGAACAGGGCUCCGGAACACAGAACAGGGCUCUGGAAUACAGAACAGGGCUCUGGAAUACAGAACAGGGCUCUGAAACACAGACUGUAACUAAAGGCCCACUGCCACUACUACCUCCAUCUCCAUGGCGCCCAACGUGACUCUGACCCCAGGUUCUGUGUGGAUCUCUGGCUGCUGUGUUAGGCCCCUGGGUCUCAUAUGGGACCCUAUUCCCCUUAGCUACAGUGCAUAGGGCUCUGGUACUCAAACGUAGUGCACUAUAAAGGGAAUAGGGUGCCAUUUGAGAUUCAGCCACAGGGAUUGUGGUUGUGAUUGUGUUUUGUCCUGAGCCCUCUAUUCAUGUAAAUCGUUGAGUUUGAUUUACAUUCAUGUUGAGCUUAUAGUGGAAAAUGUCAUGUGUACAUUAUGCAUUUGUGGUCAUGUAAAUCUCUGAAUGUUAUGCAAAUACCAGGCUCUCUCCAUAGUAUAAGCAAUAGCAUACAUGCUACAGUACAUGCUAUGGUGCCGAACACUUGCACAAGCUAGCAGAGGUGAAUGUAUAUGAUAGAUAACCCCUCACACGCAUCCUGAGUCCCAACGAGUCACCCCUGUCUUAUACAUUGAUACCUCAAGUUUUAUACCAAUGACAGAGAUUGUAUAGUGGAUUACCUGAUAAUAGAACCCUUGCAUUCUUAAACGGAACUAAGAACCCUCCAUGAUGUGAUCGAUGACAAACACAAAGGGAUCAAAGCAUCGUACACACCAGCAUUAUGUCAUUAGCCUGAAAGUAAACUAACUGUAGGGUUGACCCUUGUCAUAAGGCCUAUUGGAAGGCUAGGUGGAGCCAGGACCGUACUGCUUAGACCUGAAGGGUAGGGGGCUAGGGGAAGUGGUUGCAGACCUGAAGGGUAGGGGCCUAGGGGAAGUGGUUGCAGACCUGAAGGGUAGGGGCCUAGGGGAAGUGGUUGCAGACCUGAAGAGUAGGGGGCUAGGGGAAGUGGUUGCAGACCUGAAGGGUAGGGGCCUAGGGGAAGUGGUUGCAGACCUGAAGGGUAGGGGCCUAGGGGAAGUGGUUGCAGACCUGAAGGGUAGGGGCCUAGGGGAAGUGGUUGCAGACCUGAAGGGUAGGGGCCUAGGGGAAGUGAUUGCAGACCUGAAGGGUAGGGGGCUAGGGGAAGUGAUUGCAGACCUGAAGGGUAGGGGGCUAGGGGAAGUGGUUGCAGACCUGAAGGGUAGGGGCCUAGGGGAAGUGGUUGCAGACCUGAAGGGUAGGGGCCUAGGGGAAGUGGUUGCAGACCUGAAGGGUAGGGGGCUAGGGGAAGUGGUUGCAGACCUGAAGGGUAGGGGCCUAGGGGAAGUGGUUGCAGACCUGAAGGGUAGGGGCCUAGGGGAAGUGGUUGCAGACCUGAAGGGUAGGGGGCCUAGGGGAAGUGAUUGCAGACCUGAAGGGUAGGGGCCUAGGGGAAGUGGUUGCAGACCUGAAGGGUAGGGGGCCUAGGGGAAGUGGUUGCAGACCUGAAGGGUAGGGGCCUAGGGGAAGUGGUUGCAGACCUGAAGGGUAGGGGCCUAGGGGAAGUGGUUGCAGACCUGAAGGGUAGGGGCCUAGGGGAAGUGGUUGCAGACCUGAAGGGUAGGGGCCUAGGGGAAGUGGUUGCAGACCUGAAGGGUAGGGGGCCUAGGGGAAGUGGUUGCAGACCUGAAGGGUAGGGGGCUAGGGGA